AUGAAAAUGCCCCGUCGGGGUAUGUAUAAUCGAUACCUCGUUCUUGGAAAGCUCCCACCAGAGCUGCGGACAGGGGAAAACAUUUGGAGACUGAUGCAACCUGUUCAGAAGGACAUCGUGCAGGUGGAGAUGUUGACCUGCUUCGGCAAGCCUGUGGCGCAUGUGACUUUGCGCAGCGCUACGGCGGCUGCAGCCAUGCAUCGGCUGUGCGAGCAGAAUCACAAAAAUCUGACGGUUGCCUUUGCGCCGCCUCGAAAGGCCACGACCACGUUGUGGCUCGGGAAUGUGGACGACUUCGUACCCCGAAAGUCGCUCGAGAGUGUCCUGGCCUCGUACGGCAAAGUCUUACACGGCUUGCGAUACCUUCCAGCUCGCACAUGUGCAUUUGCUACAUUCGGCGAGGUGAGUAGCUCGAUCGCCGCUAGGAAUAGCCUGUACGGCUUGGAGGUGCAGAAGAAUCAGUACCUGAACAUUGACUUCGUUGAUGACGUAGAUGCGCAAGCUGCUCCACCGGAUGCUUGGGGAAUGUGGGGUGGAGGCGCGCCAGCUUGGCCACCGCCACCGUGGGGUAUGCCCGGCAUGCCGCCUUGGGGCCAUCGCCCACCGUGGGCACCGCCCCCCGGCAUUGCCUGGGGCAUGCCUGGUGGACCGGGCAUGCCACCAAUGCAUGCAGGGCCAAAUUGGCGUCCUCCUCGGGAUUCCGACCACUGGCGAAACUCUGAUGCUGUGCCUGGAGCACGUCUAGUUGAGCGUUCCAAGAAAGGACGCGCACGCCAAGACUCAGCCUCGCGAAGUCCGCGAGAGGGCAAGAAGAAGGACAAAGAAGGCUCCAAAGCUGAUGAGCCCGACCAGCGCAACACCAAGUUCAAAGUCAAGCUCUACAAGAUGGGUGAGUUCUGCUGCAACAUCGUAGCCAACUUUGUCAAAGGCAAAGAGAGCCCGGAGUCAUUGACAAACAAGCUGCAGAUUGACCAGCGCACGAAGAUCGACCACUGUCGAGCGCACAUGGAACGAGCUGGGGCUCUUUCGACCGUCUGGCAUUUCUCCGCUGCUGACAGGCGUGACUGUGCAGCGUACGAUGCUCUUUGCGAUUAUUUUGUCGAGAAGCAACGCGUAGGACUGGUACAGACUCCAAGUUACUACAUUUAUAUUGUUCCUCCUACGGAGAAGUAUUUGAAAGAGCUGAGCCUUCCGGCCUCCAAUUUCGUUGUGGGACUGCAAAUCCCCAUCAAAAAGUAG